UGUUUUCUUCGGCGCUUGGUCUUUCUCAGUUGUCGGUGCGGCCGGCGGGGCGGAUCCCAAUUAAUUUUUAGAAGCGCAACGUAAAUAUAAACAAAGCAUUUUUACCCCUGAAAGCAAUCAUUUUUUUUCCUUUGAGGAUUUAUACACACCGAAAGAUGCCCUCAGCGACUAUCAGCAGCAGCAUGGUUCAGGCGGCCAGUCCAGAGUUGGGGUCCGUUCCCGGCUCGCUCUCCAUGUCAGCCCAGUUCCAGUCAGGUGCCCAGUCGGAGACCAUCAAGCAGGUGCUGGGUGUCAUUGAAAAGAAAGUCCGAAACCUGGAAAAGAAGAAGGGGAAGCUUGAUGACUACCAGGCGAAGGUGAACGGUGGAGAAUGUCUCAAUCAAGACCAGUUGGAGGCAGUAUCCAAGUUCCAGGAAGUGGUCAAUAAUUUGGACUUUGCUCGGGAACUACAGAAGGGCUUCCUGGCUUUAGGCCAAGAUAUCCAGAAGGCUGUGAAGAAGGCAGCACGUAGAGAGCAGCUGCAGCGGGAGGAGGCAGAGCAGCGGCGCCUCAAGGCUGUGCUGGAGCUGCAGUUCAUGCUGGACAAGCUGGGUGAGGAGACCGUGCGAAACGAGCUCAAGCAGGGUCUGAAUGGCACCCCCCUACUGACGGACGACGACCUAACAGCCCUCGACGAGUUCUACAAGCUGGUGGGGCCUGAGCGUGACCAAAACCUUAGGCUGAGUGAGCAGUACAACCAGGCAACCCUGCACUACUGGGACCUGCUGGAAGCAAAGGACAAGGCUGUAGCAGGAACAACAUACAAGGCACUGAAGGAGACUCUUGAUCAGGUUCUCCAGAGUGGCUACUUCGACAGCGCACACACACACCAGAAUGGAGCGUGUGAGGAGGAAGAGCAGCAGCAGCUGGCAGUUGCGGAGGCCCCUGAGGCUGAGGAGCAGCCUGCAGAGCCAGAAAGUGAAGUUAAUGAAGAAUACACCGAACCCAGUGAUGUGGAACCAACAGAAUUCGUGAACAGACAGUUCAUGUCAGACGCUCCUUACAGCAGCAGCGACAAAGAACAAGGAGAUGAGUGGAGCACAGAUUCCGAGGUUGUUGGUGCUAUUCGGCAGCAGUCCCCUGUGCAGUCAGCCCCUCCUCCUGUUGUCGCUGCUGCAGAGCCGCACGCACUGAACCCAGUGGCCCCCACAGCCCCGGCAGACCCAGUUGUCAGAAAACUGAGGGUACAGGACCUCAUGGCACAGAUGCAGGGCCCCUACAACUUCAUGCAGGAUUCAAUGCUGGAGUAUGAGAGCCAGGCCAUGGACCCAGCAAUUGUUUCUGCACAGCCCAUGAAGACCGCACAGAGCAUCGAUAUGCCACAGAUGGUCUGCCCUUCAGUUCAUGCUGAAUCCAGACUGGCACAACCUAACACGGUACCUGUACAGCCAGAAGUCACACAGGUCCCUAUGGUCUCCCCAGUGCCUGAAGCUUUCACUACGUCUCAGCCCUUGUACCAGACUUCCCACACGACAGACCCCCACCCACAGACAGAAGCCAUGGACCCCAUUCAGGCUUCAAUGUCCUUGGCCUCUGAGCAGCCCCCAACUUCUUCAGCACUUCCUGCUGUGUCCCAGCCCCAGGUGUUCCAGGCUGUUUCCAGCAAACCCCUCCACAGCAGCGGGAUAAACGUCAACGCCGCCCCAUUCCAGUCCAUGCAGACGGUGUUUAAUAUGAAUGCCCCUGUUCCUCCUGCCAUUGAGGCAGAAGCACUGAAACAGCCAAGCCAGUACCCAAGCAGUUAUAGCCAGGGCUUCAACAGCCAGACUCCGCACCAAGUGGAGCAGCCAGAGCUACAGCAGGAGCAGCUGCAAUCAGUGGUCGGCAGCUUCCAUACACAAGACCAAACCAUCCCAGCCGCAGGUAGCCAUCAGCAGCUAUCCCAACAGCCUCAGCAGGGUAGCGGCUUCCCGCGUCCCGGCCAGUCCUUCUACAACAGCCGGGCCAUGUCCCGGGGGGGCCCCCGCAACUCUCGCGGCAUGCUCAACGGCUACCGGGGACCUUCAAAUGGCUUCAGAGGUGGAUACGACAACUACCGCCCUCCUUUCUCCAACACUCCGAACAGUGGCUAUGGACAAUCCCAGUUUAAUGCACCUCGUGACUACUCCAACAGCAGCUACCAACGGGACGGAUACCAACAGAACUACAAGCGGGGAGCUGGCCAGGGUCCUCGAGGUUGCUCUCGAGGUCGUGGAGGUUCAUUCAGACCCAGCCGAGGAAUUCCACACAUGACAGCUCAGCAGGCAAAUUAACCCCCCCCCCCACUUCGCUCUACCCCUGUAUUUGGCAGCCAGUGUGAUGAAAAACAAACUUCAGCAGUCAUUUACAUACUGUAUCUGAGAUGUCAACAAUCCAACCACCAAAGCUUUCUCUGUGGCUGGCUUAAAAUCUAAACUCCCCCCUUUGCUGUCGUACCAGAAUAUUUACGUCCACUUAAAUUGGCCAGCGCCUGUGUAUCGGAAGCCUUAAUCUCGACCAGGAAUAUUGGUGCCUUUUGGGUUUAAAGGAAUUGGAAGGUGGACAUAAGGUGGCUGCUUAUUGUAUGGGAAUUGAUCAAAAUUGACUCCCUCCUCCCUCCCUAUCAAGGACAUUGGAAAUGCAUGAUUUAGAUAAACCAGGAACACACAAGCAAGCUCUUUUCUUUGUCAUACUAACACAUUCUGUAUGUGAAGGCCCUCAAUACACGAAGCACCUUCAUUUGCCCAAAUGCUCUGUGUUAGUUGCAAAGAUGCCGGAUGCAUGUGGUCUACAAUCUUUUUUCAGGCAACCAGGUGCUGUGAUGUUGCCUAGUGAAAACCACACAAACCAACGUAUUCACAAACGGUUUUUGAGCCUGAAAGCCGAACAUUUAAAAUAAUAAAAACACCGUUCAACUAUACUGUAAAAAAAAUUGAAAAAGAAAAAAGAAGAAUUACAGAGAUAUAUGACCUAUAGUUUCAUGUCAAUAUGUGUGCAGGGAGAUAUUGGGAACCAAGGUGUCCCAAAAUCUCAUUCCUUUUAGUUUUGCAACUCCUUACACACAUACCUGGUACUGAAAAAAGUUCUACUCCAUGCAGUUAUACAAGUCAAAUAUAAUUAGGGCUUCUAAUUUUCAGGUUUUAUUUUUGAUCAUGUGAUGUCCCUUUAAACAUAUUUUGAGCCGAUUCACUUUCUUAAUCAAACACUAAUUAAGAAAGGAAGUUGUUUCUUUUUACCCUCAUAUCUUGAUUGAGUUCACAAUCGACGUGCAUUGAUCUCACCUGAUUCUAGUUGAACCUGCAUUUCGUUCUGGAUCUAAUCACCAAAUUCAGUUUAUUAAUUUCCACUGCGUUAGUUUCUUGUAGUGCAUCGUUAAUUUAAACAAUCUGGUAUUCAGUUAAGGCUUAACAACUAUUAAUCAAGGUUUAAAGGGAGGGAGAGCGAUGGAAAAUAAAAACCAAAAACUAGAAGCCCAAAAUGUAAUGUAAAACUAUAAGAAACUAAGUCAAGUAGACCCAUGCUUCGGCUGGUGCCUUCUUCAGUGUACACAUUGAGAAAUGGUUUCUAGACACCGAGGAAGGCACUAGCCAACACUUUGGUAUACUUGACUUAGUUUCUUACCGUUUUACCUUAGAAUUCUGAUUGAGCAUUUUAAAGUUGUGGAUAAAGAUAAAACAUACCAACGCUUGUGUAGGAAAUAAAAUAGCUUAUCUCCUUUGAGGAGGAACACUGACUAAGUAAUUAAUGCUUGCACCCCCACUCCUUAUCAACCGGUGAUCUUGCCCACACGCACAUGCCCUGUUAAAUUGUCUUAGCCUCCAUGUUGAACCUCACUCCUGGCUUCAGAACGAGUCUCCCCCUCUCUCCAUCCUAAUUGGCUUCUUGGUGCUGCUUAUGUCACCCUGCUCCCAGAGAAAAGCAGCAACGGUCUAAACCGCCCACAACUUCCAUCACAGCCUUUACUGAAUGUAGUACUGUAUAUGAAGUGUAUAAUAUAAAUAUACUGCUUGUAUAUUUAUAGUAUACAGUACCAUUUUGGACUAACUAUAGUUUUCGGCCUGUGAUGUUGAACAAGAAAUAAAAAUGUUUUGUAGAAA